CCAUAAAAUUUGUGUAUUAGGCUUCAUCUUAUUUUAUUCGUCUGUUAUAAACAAUAAUAUCAUUUAAUAAUUCUUCAAAGUUUCAUUGUAUUACUCUUAUCUGUUAAUUUAAUUAAUUUAAAAGCUUUAAAAAAAAUAGAUCGAUAUUUCAAGCAUACUGUUAUAUCAUGAGGUUAGAAUGAUUGUACGUGAUGAAUAUAUAAAUUGAUAUGAUCAUUCCUUGUGUCUUUCUUUUCGUAUAAUAUACAUGAAACGAAUUCAUACGAAAAUGGACAAUUGUGACGAAUCACCUAACAAAUUAGCCCUUGUUGAACGAAAUUACAUGCCACAAGGUAUACAUUUGAUUGAUCCAAAUGCUGUAGCCAAAUCAUCGAAACAAGAUUUAGUUACACUAGCAAGGGAAAUACAAAAAGCUGAUAAUUACAUCAAAGCCAAUGCAUGCAAUAAGUUGCAAGUAAUCGCAGAACAAAUGAAAUUUCUUCAGAGACAAGCUGAAAAUAUUUUAUUAGAAGUUAAACAAAAUAUGAAGUUGCAUCAUGCUGCUUGUAAUUUUGUAAAACAUCCUGGUCAAAUAUACCAUUUAUAUGAACGCAAGUCAGGACAAUAUUAUUUUUCUAUGCUUAAUCCAGAAGAGUGGGGUAAUUCAGGUCCUUCUCAAACCUAUAAAGGUUCAUACAGAUUAGAACAGGAUCAUUCAUGGACACCUAUCUCUGAUGUUCAUACAAAAGACAAUGAAUUAAAUCUCUUUAGUAAAUUGCUUUCAAAUAAUGAAAUGUUAAAUAACAAUCUAGAUACACUUACUCUUAAUAUAAAUUCAAAAUAAAAAAUAUUGUUUUUAUUAUGAGGAUACCAAAUUUGUGACAAAAAAAUAUAUAAUAAAAUAUGAUCUUAUGUAAGUGUAAAUAUAUAUAUAUAUAAGUAUGUACAAAGAAUUAAAAAACAUAGUCAUCCAAUUCAACAAAGCAGGAUUUAUUUGAAACUUAUAUUAAAUAUAUGUAGUAUUCAAUGUUUUUCAUCUUUGAAUAAUUCUUUUUCUUUGCUUAAUAUAUUUUCAUUAAUUUCAGAUAUUAUCUACAUAAUUACAUAUGUAUACUAUCUUCAAUUGAAGUAUUCUAUACAUUAAUCACUUAUAUUCUUAACUAUUUUCUUUUUAUUAAUUCAGGUAUUAUCUUAAUGUCUGGUGUUUUCUAAUGUCGAAUAUUUGAAUAUAUUUGGUAAACUUCCAUAUUUUUCUAAAGGCAGUCAUUACAUUAUUUGCUUCAAUAAAGAGCAAUAUAAUAGUACAUAAAAAUUUUAUUUUAUACGGUAUCGAAAUAAUAAUGUCGUAAUUCCGAUCGGUAGCCUUAAUUCCGGAUAGAUUAUUGUUUGUGCAGUAAUUUCUCAUAUUUUAAUUUUUUGCAGUAUAUGCAAUAAAUUUUGUAAUAAAUACAACUGACAGCUACAUUAUACAAGAACAUUAUUAUUAAAGACAAAUAAAACUAUAUAAAGUAUUCACCAAAGAAUUAAUGGAAUUGUAAGAUUUUUGAAAAUGAUGUUAUUUUUAAAAAUGAACAAAACCUGAUUAAAAUGAUUAAAGUCACCAAUGCAGAAUAUGACGGCAUCUUUUUAUAUGUUCAACUUGUUCUGUACGUCAUGUUGUGUUUACUUUGUGUGCUGAAAAUAUUUAGAUCUUAUUUAAAUAUAUUAUAUUAUAUUAAUAUGCAAAGUAAUUAUUAAUAUUUUCUUAGUAUUAUAUCAUCAAUAAGCAAUAUAUCAUAAAGAUAAAUUAUAUAGUUCUUACAAGGUACUGGUAUCCUGAGAGGUUCUGUAUCUUUUAUAAUACAUUCGUGCGUUUGAUUAUGGAAAAGAUACUGUAUUAAAAGUUGUUUUUCUUCUCCAACACAUGGAUCAUAAAAUCCAGGUAACUGACUCUGUAAUAUUACGACCGAUGUAUUAUGAAUACUAAACAAUAAUUAGGAGUAAUUUGAA